GGGUGGGGGGGGGCGUGGGGAGCACGCUAUUGGACGUCGAACGUAGGGCACAUGUGGAGCAUGCGCAGUAGCGCGCGCUGCCAGCAUUCUGUAGUUAGGUCCGUUGUUGGCUCGUUGUCAGUACUGGACGCUGACCUGUAGGCCUCGACGUCCGUCAUUACUGGGCCCCUAGUUCUAGCUCUAGGCGCGGCCCAGUUCUAGUCAUGGCCCGCAAGGUCUAUUUUGACCACAACUACUUUAUUUUAUCUGACUAUGAUGGAGAUGAAAGAAAUGAGGGUGAUGAGGCUGGGGCUGGGGCCUCGGGCGCUGCGGCGGGAGUCGGUUACGGUGGAGCUGCCGCACGCCAUCAGGGCCUGGAGAGUGAUAGCGACAUUUAUGACAGUAACGAGUCUGUCAGCAGCAGCAGCGAGGAGGAAGACUCGUCGUCUUCGAGUUCUACUUCGGAGUCUGAGCAGGCAGAGGCACCUGCCCCGGUGCAGGAGGCUCCUCGGAAUCCGAUUCCGAUUCCCAUGGGGCCGCCUUCCCGCCGCCGACGUCGUCGCCUCCGCCGCCGUCGUGAGCAGACACCAUUCCAUUUCACACCUCAUCAGAUUGAGGCCAUGGAAAACCUGUUCGGCCAAUCCAAGUACCCUGAAGUACAUGCCAGGGAAGAACUUGCAAGGACUCUGAAUGUGCCUGAAGACAAAGUGAAGAUGUGGUUCAUAAAUCGAAGAGCCAAGGAGAGGAGGAUUCAGCGACGUGUAUAUUUAGAAAACUUGCCACCUGGUGCUGAAGACUUCAUUUUUAUCGCGGAUGUGGAGGAGCCUUCUUAAAGCACCAUCCAUUGUUCCAGAGCUAAAGGGCAAAUCGGCGAUCCAUGUGCCCAAUGUCAAGCUUAACUAAAAUUUAUGAUUCAUGUUAACAAUAAAAAAUUGAAUGUCCAAAUUA